AUGGAUUUAGCGGAAACUAUGAAAAACGUACUAGCCAAAGGAAUGCAACAAACUUCCGUAAAUGAUUUACCAUCAGCCGCAAAUAUGGGUUUUCCUGGUACAGGUUAUGUUACGGAGAAAUUGUAUAUGUUGUUGCAGUUGUAUUUGCAAAACAAGGGCUGGAAUCCGUCCGUUGAACUCCUGCAAUGCUUCACGGAAUUAAAAGAGACUUCAAUGCUUCCUAAUGCUGCUUAUUUGCAAAUGAUGGCAUCUAGAGUAACUCUAGACUCUCAAGGACGAUUGAUUUUGAGAGAAAAUGGCAAAAUUAUUCUACCAUUCGAACAUUUCGCAAAUGCAGUUAUGCUUAAGCAUAUGAAUGGUCCACACGGGUUGCAUUUAGGCGUUGAAGCUACAGUUAGGGCUGUUAUGGAUUCUUACACCAUCGGAAGGGAAAAUUUUGGCAUGGAGAAGGAAUUUAUCAUUGAAGUAGUUCAAAACUGUCCAAAUCCGGCUUGCAGAUAUUACAAGAGCCAAAUGGAGCUUACACAGAAAACUUUACAGCAUCUGAAUGCCAGUUAUUUAGGAGAAUCACAAACCAGUUCCAAUGAUAUUAGAUCUCGUUUGAAUGCAGAUUUGGCAGCACAAAACAGCUUGGAGGUUAAGCCCAAUCCGCCUCUAAUGGAAAGACCUAAAUCUGUUGCACCAACUCAACAACAGAUAACAGCAGCUUUGAUCCAACAACAAAACCGUGUCAUCGCUCAGCAAAACAUCGAGAAGCUGAACGCCAAUUUGGAAAAACAGCGUCAACAAAUCCAGUUGCAACAACAGCUCGACAUAGCCAAGGGACAACAACAACAGCAGCACCAACAACAGCAGCAACAACAACAGCAUCACCAGCAACAACACCAGCAGCAACAACAACACCAGCAGCAACAACAACAGCAACAUCAACAACAACAACAGCAACAACAACAACAACAGCAGCAACAACAACAACAGCAACAACAGCAAAAGCAACACUUUGAAUUGCCUUUGAUGGAGCACAAAAUUACUGAUUUUUUGAGAGCAAAUUUGGAGAAUUUGGAAGGAUUAUCAUCCUCCAACAAGGAUCUGUUAGCUCUCCACAACGGAGCGUGGACUCCCAAUACGAACGCACCAUCGACGCCAACUGAAAAGAAUCUGUCCGAAGGGGGACAGGAGAAAAUAGUGCGAGCAUUUAGCGAGGUUAUGAAAAAUAUGGCUAGAAUGAAGACGUACGUCCGUCCGGCUAUGUGUAAGCCAUACGGCAAGCAAUCGGAGGCUUUGCAGAAAACACUAAUGGAUACUAUUCAGCUUAUCCAAUCAUUGAGAAGUUUCUUACCUCCUCCACAUAUACAAGUAAGUUCAUGGAAGAACGAAGACAAACACCGAUAUGAGGACGCUUAA